AUGGCUAACGUAGCAGAGCACUAUGACGGUACCGCUUCCCUCUCCACGCUCAGGAUGUUGACUGACAAGCGCAGAUCCCAUCUCAAUCGCAGUCAUCGGCGGAACCGGACUGCAGUCCCUGCCCCACUUCACUCAUGUUGCUACUCUGAAGCCAACAACUCCAUGGGGCACUCCGUCUUCACCCAUCUCCGUUCUUCACCACCCCUCACCAUCCACCGGCAAGCCGAUUCCAAUCGCCUUCCUCUCGCGCCAUGGUCUACACCACGAACUCGCGCCGCACGAGGUGCCCGCACGUGCCAACAUUGCAGCGCUGAGGAAGAUUGGCGUGCGCACCAUCAUUGCCUUCUCCGCCGUAGGAAGUCUACAAGAGGAUAUCAAGCCCCGAGAUUUCGUGGUGCCGGACCAGGUCAUCGACCGUACAAAGGGUAUUCGGCCAUUCACCUUCUUCGAGGGCGGCAUGGUGGGACACGUGGGCUUCGCGGACCCCUUUGAUGGCAAGAUCGGGGAGAUUGUGCGUCGCUGCGGACACAGCCUCGAGGGAGAAGGCGUACGGCUACACGAUAAGGGAACGAUCAUCUGCAUGGAGGGCCCUCAGUUCUCCACGCGAGCAGAGAGCAACAUGUACCGGAGCUGGGGAGGCAGCGUCAUCAACAUGUCUGCGCUUCCCGAGGCAAAACUGGCCAAGGAAGCCGAGAUCUCAUACCAGAUGAUCUGCAUGAGCACCGACUACGACUGCUGGCACGUUUCCGCGGAGGACGUGACGGUCGAGAUGGUCAUGGGUAACAUGAAAGCCAAUGCCGAGAAUGCGCGACGGUUUGUCGGAUCCGUGCUGGAUGAGUUGAGCAAGGAGGAGCACAACGAUGUUGUGCAGGCGAAGCACCUCGAGGGCCAGACGAAGUUCUCAGGCAGUAUUACGGCUCCUGCUGGACGGAGCGAGGAGGCCAAGCAGAAGCUGACCUGGCUCUUCCCGGGCUACUUUGAGUAG